AUGGAAUCAAGUGAUCCUCCUCCUUAUUAUGGCGAAUUCCAACAACGUGGAAGAAAGAUACUGGAUUGGAUCGACAACCCGGCAGCUGAAUGCCAUAUCAAACCUAACACUUUGACUUACGACCUAUUGAAUGCCUGGGCCCGGGUUGUGGAGACUUUUCAUGACCGCCCCGAGAUCUCAAACGUGAUGUCUGCAGAAGGGGAUGAGGGGCCCACCAUCCCAGGUCCCUGGACUGCCCACAGCUUCGAACAUGGUGUUCUCGCGCCGGAUGGCACAUGCAAGGGCGUUGAUAGUUGGGAGUCGCAGGUUACGGCUGGUAUUAUUCUCAUUCUGGUAACGUUUAGAGAAUCAGGACCCUACGUUUCGCAAAUUGCUCAGGCCUGCUACGAGAGACAAUAUCCUAUCUCCACCCUCAAGCAUGUCGUUGUAUCCGACGUUAUAAAUGAUAACACGCUGGACUUUCUCACAUCGUCUAUUUUCACCGGGAAUAUGAAGCCAUUUUGGGCACCAGGUGCGGUUCAGUGA